UCGGGGUUUUAUUUUUAAUAUUUUCCUUGUUUUCUGUUGUGGCUUUUAUUUUUGCCCUUUGAUGUGUCUAUGGCUGGUUUGGAUUUAGGCCCUGCUUCUCGCUACGUUCACCACCAGCUUCACAGGUCGGAAUUCAACCUUCAAUUACAACAACAACAUCAUCAUCAACAACAACAACAGCAACAGCAACAAGAUUCUGAAGACGAUGGAGGACAGUACUCUGGGGAUCCUCACCAAGACGAUGGUCCACACCAAGGUCUCGAGCUUGUCACCAACAGCUCAGGCGGAGCAGGAGACAUCGCGGGUCGGCGUCCACGUGGCAGACCACCUGGUUCCAAGAACAAGCCCAAACCGCCAGUCAUAAUCACCAGAGAGAGUGCGAAUACUCUCAGAGCCCAUAUUCUGGAAGUGGGAAAUGGAUGCGAUGUUUUCGACUGUGUCGCCACCUACGCACGGCGUCGACAGCGUGGGAUCUGUAUUCUCAGUGGCAGUGGCACUGUCACAAAUGUAAGUCUCAGGCAACCAGCGGCGGCGGGAGCUAUUGUAACGCUUCACGGAAGGUUUGAAAUAUUAUCACUCUCGGGAUCUUUCUUGCCGCCGCCUGCUCCACCCGGCGCCACCAGCUUGACUAUAUUUCUGGCUGGCGGACAAGGCCAAGUGGUGGGAGGGAGUGUGGUUGGGGAGCUAACUGCAGCCGGCCCGGUUAUCGUGAUUGCGGCUUCUUUCACAAACGUGGCUUACGAGAGAUUGCCCUUGGAUGAAGAGGAGCAGCUGCAGAUACAGACGCCUACUGCGCAGCAGGGUUCGGGUGGCGGUGGCGGAAGUGGUGGUGGUGGUGGUGUGGGUGGGAGUAACCCUUUUUCGGACCCGUCAGCCGGGUUUCCUUUCUUGAAUUUGCCGCUUAAUAUGCCGCCUAAUGUCCAGUUACCAGUCGAUGGAUGGGCCGGGAACUCAGGCGGCGCAGCGCGCGGCGGUCCCUUUUGAAAGGUGAUUUGAUUGUAAUGUGAGAUGGAAGAGGCUUGCUUUCUGACGAUGUUAUAAAAAAAGGUCAGGACAUUAUUCACGGACCGUCAUGUUUCUUCUCUUUUCUAAUUCUUCUUCCUCUUCUUCUUUUGUUGAUGUUGUAGUAACUCUUUUCUUCAUCUUCUACUACUACUGCUUUCUUUUUGGUUCUUGA